AAAAAUCACCGCCGGUUUACACCUUCUCUUUCCCAGUCCCAAACAUUCACCAUUCACCAUUGACCACCCCCUGCUUCAGCGAAUCUUCCUCUGAUUACAGUAGUGGUAAAUCUAUCUCUUCAACUUUUCUGCUCUUCCCUAUCUCUAUAAAUAGGGAGAGUUGGAUACAAGCUCCAGUUUUAGUUGUAGUCUCUAGUAAGACUAUCUUUUUCUUUUUCCCUCUUUAUUUUCUUUCUUUCUCCUGAAGAUAAUCAGCUUAAAGUGCCCAUUCCACUGCCCUGAUAUUCGGUCCUCUCCUUUCUCUUUCACUUCUGGAAGCCUUGUCCAGGGUUUCAAGGGUUAUGCCAGCAUGGAUCCACGGUUUAACCAAUUGCCUGAUUCUGUUAACGGUUUCAAAUUCGAGGAUGAGAUUGUUUUACCAACUUUCGAGGAGUCUCCUAAUCUUUUGAAUGGCUUCAAAUUUGGUGACAAUGCUUUAGAUCUUAAUUUCGUGGAUACAUCUUCUUUCUCACCCAGUCCUGGCACUGGUAAUCUUCCUGCUUUCUCAAGUGGGAGCUCUGAGGUGGAUUCUCCAGAUGAUGGUGACUCAGAUCCCGUGCUCAGGUAUCUGAACCAGAUACUCUUGGAAGAGAACAUGGAGGAGAAGCCCAGCAUGUUCCCUGAUCCUCUGGCUUUACGAGCUGCUGAGAAAUCCUUAUAUGAUGCACUUGGCCAGAAGUAUCCUCCAUCUCCGUACCGGGUUGACCAAAACGCAGAGAGCCCGGACAGCCUGUUUGGAAGCGCGAGCGAGCAUAGUGCAAACAGCAGCAGUACUUCCAGUAGUUCUGUUGAGCCUGGAGAGUAUAAAUCUGCGGCGGGGCAGAGUUACUCUUUGGACUACUCUUUCCCGUUGUCUUCUGAGAACAGUUCAAAUCUUUUGUUUAAUUCUGUGAGCAGCUUCGGUAAUCAUAUGAAUGGGCAGUUGAACUCUCUUGCAUACAAUAACCCGAUUCCGAAUAUAUUUAGUGAUAGUGAGUCCAUUUUGCAGUUCAAGAAGGGGAUGGAAGAAGCUAGUAAAUUUCUACCAAGUGGUAAUCAAUUGAUUAUUGACUUGGAUAAGUAUGCAUUGCCUCCAAAGUCGGAGGAGAUUUUUCUGGAGUCUAAGGUCAAGGAAGAGAAGGAUGACGGUGAUCAUUCUCCUAAUGGCUCAAGGGGAAGGAAGCAUCUUCAUCGACAGGAAAGUGAUAUAGAACAGCAGAGGAGCAGCAAGCAAUCGGCAGUUUACGAUGAAGAGGCUGAAUUGUCUGAGAUGUUUGAUAGAGUGCUUCUUUGCACUGAUCUAAAAUGGUGUCAUGCUGCUGCUCAGUUACAUGAUGAAGCGAACAAGACUGGGCAGCAGAAUGGACUUCCAGAUGGAACUGGUGGUGGAAAAACUCGUUCUAGGAACCAGGGGAGUAAAAGUGAAGCUGUGGAUUUGAGGACGCUCUUAAUUAGCUGUGCUCAAUCUGUUGCGAAUGAUGAUCAAAGGACCGCACGUGAACAAUUAAAGCAGAUUAGGCAGCACUCAUCUCCCUCAGGUGAUGCGUGCCAGAGGUUGGCCAGCAUAUUUGCAAACGGUCUUGAGGCACGUUUGGCGGGCACUGGAACUGAGAUAUAUGCGGCCUUAGCAUCCAAAAGGAUCUCAGCUGCUGAGAAGUUGAAGGCUUACCAGGUUUAUCUUUCAGCCUGCCCAUUCAAGAAAAUAUCAAUUUUUUUUGCCAAUAAGAUGAUCGUGCAUAAAGCAUCAGAUGCCAAAACCCUGCACAUUGUAGAUUUUGGUAUCCUUUAUGGUUUCCAAUGGCCAAUAUUAAUUCAUCAUCUUUCAACCAGACCUGGUGGGCCUCCCAAGCUCCGCAUCACUGGAAUUGAGCGGCCUCAACCUGGUUUCAGGCCAUCAGAAAGAGUUGAAGAGACAGGGAGGCGGUUAGCUAGGUAUUGUGAGAGAUUUCAUGUGCCGUUUGAAUAUCAAGCCAUAGCAGAACAAAAUUGGGAGGCAAUUAAAGUUGAGGAUCUGAAUAUUGCUGAAGGUGAGGUGCUUGCUGUUAAUGCUUUGUUUCAAUUUAAUAACCUUUUUGAUGAGACAGUCAAGGUGGACAGUCCAAGGGAUGCUGUUUUAAGGCUAAUCAGGAAGAUGAAUCCAGAUAUUUUCGUGAAUGCUGUGACUAAUGGGUCCUAUAGUGCUCCUUUCUUUGUAACUCGAUUCAGGGAGGCCCUCUUCCAUUACUCGUCAUUAUUUGAUAUUUUUGAUGCUACCUUACCACGUGAAGAUCUUCAGAGGAUGAAUCUUGAGCAACAGUUUUUUGGGCGUGAAGCUAUAAAUAUUAUUGCUUGUGAGGGCGCAGAGAGAGUGGUGAGGCCUGAGACUUACAAGCAAUGGCAGGUUCGCCAUACACGAGCUGGAUUUAAGCCUCUUCCUUUGAAUCAAGAACUUUUAGAAAAGUUGAGGGGUAAGGUAAAGGGAGGUUACCAUAAAGAUUUUGUUUUUGAUGAAGAUGGUAGUUGGAUGUUGCAAGGUUGGAAAGGUCGCAUUCUCUAUUCUAGCUCGUGCUGGUCACCUGCAUAGAGGACUCUAUCCUAUUAUCCUUGUUUGGAUGUAGAUAUUCAGCGCACCCGGAAUUUUAUGUUAAUGCGAAAGACCUCGAAGCUUGUCAUCAAGAUUCAACUUCUCUCUUUUUUCGUCUCUCUCUCCUACAUACACGAAGGCACACACAUGCACAUGCACAAAAGAAACUACGUGCACAUGAAAACCCACAUUCUGUGGUCUCCUGCACAGGCAUGUUUCUGAGUAUCUCUAUAUGCUGGCAGUCUCCUCCUAUGUACGGACAAUACACGCUUCCCACCAUGCCCAUCUGCUAUACAAGUGCCAGUUAGAUCUGGAGUCAGAAAUUUCCGGAGUUUGAGCUUGAUACUGGAUGCUGCCAUUCUUUGACAGCAUUAUAAGUUGAAGAUCAGAUUAGGAUCGCCAGUUUCUUAAUUUCAUCAACUUGCCCUCUAGUUUAGCUCGUCAAGAUGUUUGUAGAGAGCUGAUUAAACUCCUCCACUCUCUUGGCAGUGUCUCUAGCUGUUUGCGUAGCAAUGAUAGUUUUACCCUGUAAAACCUCAGUACGAGGUAAUGCUAGUUUUAUUUUAUAAAGGCUGCUGUUAUGGACCGCUAUGACCUAACUAUCUACAAUAUGAUGACUAUGUUCUUGUGUUUUGUUCGGUA